ACGCAGAGGGUAGAGGUGGAGGCGGCGGCGCAGGAGGAGGAGGAGGAGGAGGAGGAGGAGGAGGCCCCAGAGGACGGCGCCGGGGCAGCCCGCCCGCGCCGGCAGCAGGAGGCCAUGAACGGCGACCGGACCGAGAGCGACUGGCAGGGGCUGGUGAGCGAGUACCUGGUGUGCAAACGGAAGCUGGAGAGCAAAAAGGAGGCUCUGCUGAUCCUCUCCAAGGAGCUGGACACAUGCCAGCAGGAAAGGGACCAGUACAAGCUCAUGGCCAACCAGCUCCGAGAGCGCCAUCAGUCCCUGAAGAAGAAAUAUCGAGAGCUGAUUGAUGGAGAUCCGUCACUUCCACCUGAAAAGAGGAAACAGGCGAACCUUGUACAACUGUUGAGAGACUCUCAGGACCGAAAUAAACACCUGGGAGAAGAAAUUAAAGAACUGCAGCAGAGGCUCGGAGAAGUCCAGGGUGACAAUAAGCUCUUGAGGAUGACAAUUGCCAAACAGAGGCUUGGGGAUGAAGAAAUUGGUGUGCGGCACUUUGCAGCCCACGAGCGUGAAGACCUGGUUCAGCAGCUGGAGAGGGCAAAGGAACAGAUUGAGUCUCUGGAGCAUGACCUGCAGGCCUCUGUGGAUGAGCUUCAGGACGUGAAGGAGGAGCGGUCUUCCUACCAGGACAAGGUGGAGAGGCUCAACCAGGAGCUAAACCACAUCCUGGGUGGCCACGAGAACCGCAUCAUCGACGUGGAUGCCCUGUGCAUGGAGAACAGGUACCUUCAAGAGAGAUUAAAGCAACUUCAUGAAGAGGUCAACCUCUUGAAAUCCAACAUUGCCAAAUACAAGAAUGCUCUCGAGAGACGGAAAAACACAAAAGGCCAGGGCAGAUCCAACAGCAGUGCUCUGACGGGCGUCCUCUCUGCAAAGCAAGUCCAGGAUCUGCUAUCGGAGGACCACGGGUGCAGUCUGCCAGCGACACCGCAGUCCAUUUCUGAUCUGAAAUCUCUGGCGACGGCCCUGCUAGAAACGAUCCAUGAGAAAAACAUGGUCAUCCAACACCAGAGGCAGACCAACAAAAUCCUAGGGAAUCGGGUGGCUGAACUGGAGAAAAAAUUAAGAACUCUGGAAGUUUCUGGUUUGUGGAGUCUUCCAGGCCUGAGCUACAACGUUUCAGUAGGAUUUGGGAGGGGAAAGGACACCAUAAUGUUCAGUGACGCCACUCUCCCCACCACUCAGAGGUCCAGGUCCCCACUGCUGAAGUUCGCCGAGAAGCACCCUGAGGACCAAGUGAACCCCAAGGACGGGGAGGCUCAGACGCAAGAGCAAGACGGAGAUGAAAGCUGUGCGGCUGCCGAGGUGCUGACAGCGCCGGAGGACGCCGGGCGGGCGGCUGUCAGCUCCCCAGCAAAUCAGAGCCACGGGCCCGGACGCCAGCACUUUCAUCCUUCAUCACCCUCGUUACCUGCGGUGGAGGAAGAAGGCCACAGGCUUGGGAGGGAGGCCACGAAACUGACAGGGGAGCAGGCAUCUGCAGAACCGGUGGGGCUCAGGGGAGAGGGUCCCCUGGAGGGACUGUCCCAGCCGGGCCUGCCUUCGGAGCAGCAGCAGCUGUCCAGGUCUUGCCAGGACCCCUUGGCAUCCAGCCAGACAGCAGCCGAAGAAGCACCCACUGGGGAAGAUGGCCAGGAGCCACCAGAGGAUGGAGGUGCCAGGAGCACCGUGCAAACAUGAAGGGCGGCGGGACGUGGCCUGAGGACACCUGGGUGGCACCGGGGACUGGAAAGGAUGCACUGCUAGAACAGCUCUGCAAAGCUGCUUUCCCCCAGAACCCCUCUAGUCUGCCGGCGAGCAGAGACACCGCUCCUGCCGCAAACUG